ACAUCAGAUCAUGGAAUGACUGAUUGGGGUUCACAUGGAAGUGGUUCAACAGAUGAAACAGAAACACCAUUUGUUGCAUGGGGAGCUGGAAUAACUAAUGAUUCUCACUUAUAUCAUAUUGAACAAACUGAUAUUACGCCCCUUAUUUCAACUCUGAUUGGAAUACCUAUACCAAUUAAUAAUGAAGUAACAUUGCAAGCAUUAGCUCCUUCGAUCCAUUUUGGACACAACACUUUCUAACAGUAUUUUCACCAUUUUCAAUGGCAGCUCUUAUUAUUUUAAAAAUUACUAUACCAUUGAUAUUAGUAGGAUGUUU